AUGCUGUAUCCUACUGCCAGUGAAGACACAGGUGAGGAACUCAUGACCUGGGAACAGCAGGAUGACCUGGAAUUUGAGGAUGACUUCCUGCUCCGACAUCAGAAAGAAUCUUUGGUCAAAAAUGGAAUGAUAAGCGUUCAUAAACAUGCAGAGCUAAGCAUUAGUCAGCAAAAUUUGCUUGUUGAGGACAGCGACUCCGAGCUUGAGGAUUUCCACCACAUCUUAGAUCAGUCAGAGCUGGCACUGAAGAAGGCGGAGCAAUCACUGAGCAAAAUGAGAAAUCAACCAGUGAGCCCUGGACAUGUGAACUCUGUCAAAUAUGAUGAGAUAAUCAAGAUGUAUGAGACAAAUAUGGGUUGUCUGAGGAGUAUCUGCCAGCACCUGAAGUCGGAGAAUGUUCCAGAAAAUGAUGUCAAGAGAGUGCAAGCCCUAAUGUGUCAGUGGGAGGAGCUUCAUAAUUUGGCCACAGAAUACCAGACAUGUGCAAAGUUUCUUAGUGACAUGGCAGCAGUUAUUGUUGAAGCUCAGACCCAUAUCCAGGAAGUAGAAAAUUGUGGCCCAUUUGAUGGAUUAACAAAGGCAGAAGAACUGAAGAAAGUGAUUACUUCACUGGAGGAAAGAAAGAGUGGUUUAAAGCAACAAGAGCAGCUGUUAAAUAUAAGUUACAAACAGUUGUUGGAGUUCUCUGGCCGUCAUCCUGUGAAGCAUGCUGAGGGAUGUUUACAAGAGUUGCCAGGUAUUCAGAAAGCCAUUGCUGCAGCAAUCAACAAAGUGUCUGAUCAUCUGAAAGGACAGACUGAAUGGCUGGAGUACUUUGAGAGGCAGCACAGACUAAAUGUGUCACUCACAACAGAUAGAGAGAAACUGCACAAGUUGCUAUGCCAACAACAGUUUAGAAUGCAAGUCAGUAAGCAGGAUGUCAUGAAAGAAUUGGAGGUCUUGCAUAACAACUUGUCCCUAUAUGAGUCAGAAUUAUCCUUACUGCAGUCCAUGCGGCCCCAACUGGCUAAAAACUCAGAUCCCUUAGCCAAGAGCCUUCUUGCUUCUAUAGGAGAUCUUCGUUACCAGCUGCUAGUGAUGUCACAGAGAUGUUGCCAGAUUGACCAUUAUAUUGAAGAUAGUGAUGAUACACUCUUGCAUCAACAUUCAGAUCUUGGCAAAUUGGCAGUUUAUAGCACAACUUUACAUGAAACUACCACAAUCCCCAAGGACUCCUUAUCACGCUCGUCUUCCUUGGAAAACCUGCCUGCCACGUCCAGUACUAACAACAAAAACACUGGCAGCUGUGCAUCCUGGUUGUGUUCACUUCCUGCACAGGUGGUUGCUCUGAUGCUGGUCACAGGUCUCAUCUGUGCCCUGGAUCCCGACAUUCUGGAUCACCUGACCAACUUAACUCUCAAAAUCAGUCCUGAACUACGGUAUGUCAACGGACCACCAGCGACAUAA